GCCAAUGGGGCAACCAGUUGCUUGCGCUGAAGUACACAAAGAAUAAUAUAAAUACCCAGAGCAAAUUGCUGGAGCAUCCGAGGAAUUUCAGGACAGAGGGAGAGGAGCAAAAGCAAUCAAGUCACCAUUUUAUUGAGGCAGUGAGGCUCCAGGCAUCACUAUGGCAUACCAGAGGUCCCUCCUGCUUUCUCUGUGCAUAAUGCUCACCAUCAGCAUGCAUCUAUCAAGCGCUCAGCACUGGUCCCAUGGCUGGUACCCGGGAGGGAAGAGAGAGAUUGAUUUGCCACAAAGUCCAGAGGUCUCUGAAGAUAUCAAAUUAUGUGACGGGGAAGACUGCACUUAUCUGAAGAUCCCGAGGGAUAAAAUUGUGAAGACUCUGCUGGCCGACAUGCUAGCAAGACAACUUCAGAAGAAAAAAUGAUGCCCCUUUGCAUGUUUUUUUGGGAAACAUUUUGCACCUGAACAGAUGACCCACCCCUCCUCUUCAGCUUAAUGUGUUCUGUUUGUGGGAGUGAUGUGCCCAGCCCAUUGUUAAAUUCUCAAGAACACUGUAGCAGUCUUUACUCAAAUUCCCAGCAUGUGAACGUACUACUCUAGUGACUGAAAAAAGCAUUUGUGUUUACUGUUGUCCAGUCAGAUUGAAGAUUUGCAGGGAGUUCUCUUUAUGCACUUGUAAAACUCAAUUAUGUUGAAUAAAAUACUUUAUUUUGCUACACACA